GCCGGCGCCAUGGCCGAGCGGGGCCGCCUGGGCCUGGCCGGCGCGCCCGCCGCGCUCAACACGCCGGUGCCCAUGAACCUGUUCGCCACCUGGGAGGUGGACGGCUCCAGCCCCAGCUGCGUGCCCAGGUUGUGCAGCCUGACCUUGAAGAAGCUGGUGGUCUUCAAGGAGCUGGAGAAGGAGCUCAUCUCGGUGGUGAUUGCUGUCAAGAUGCAGGGCUCCAAGCGGAUCCUGCGGUCCCACGAGAUCGUGCUGCCCCCAAGUGGACAAGUGGAAACUGACCUGGCGCUGACGUUCUCCCUGCAGUACCCCCACUUCUUGAAAAGAGAAGGCAACAAGCUUCAGAUCAUGUUGCAGCGAAGAAAGCGGUACAAGAACCGGACGAUCCUGGGCUACAAAACGCUGGCGGCCGGCUCCAUCAACAUGGCCGAGGUGAUGCAGCACCCCUCCGAGGGCGGCCAGGUGCUGAGCCUUUGCAGCAACAUCAAGGAGGCCGCGGUCAAGGUGGCUGAGAUCUGGGUCUUCUCCCUGUCCAGCCAGCCUAUCGACCACGAGGACAGCACCAUGCAGGCCGGCCCCAAGGCCAAGUCCACCGAUAACUACUCUGAGGAGGAGUACGAGAGCUUCUCCUCCGAGCAGGAGGCCAGCGACGACGCCGCGCAGGGCCAGGAUUUGGACGAGGACGACUUCGACGUGGGGAAGCCCAAGAAGCAACGGCGAUCGAUAGUAAGAACGACGUCCAUGACCAGGCAACAAAACUUCAAGCAGAAAGUCGUGGCCCUGCUGCGGAGAUUUAAAGUUUCUGAUGAGGUCCUGGACUCGGAGCAGGACCCUGCAGAGCGUGUCCCCGAGGUGGAGGAGGACCUGGACCUUUUGUACGACACGCUGGACAUGGAGAACCCCAGUGACAGCGGCCCCGACAUGGAGGACGACGACAGCGUCCUCAGCACCCCCAAACCAAAGCUCAGGCCGUACUUCGAAGGCCUGUCCCACUCCAGCUCACAGACAGAGAUUGGGAGCAUCCACAGUGCCCGGAGCCAGAAAGAGCCUCCGAGUCCGGCCGACGUGCCCGAGAAGACGCGGGCCCUCGGAGGGAAGCAGCCGAGUGACAGCAUCUCCGAUUCCGUGGCCCAUAGCGCACCCGCCCCGGGGGAGCAGCCAGCCCAGCCCGAGGACAGCCCGGAGGUGGAGACCUCUGCCCUGGACACGUUCACCGAGAAGCUGCCACCCAGCGGGCGGAUCACCAAGACAGAGUCUCUGGUCAUUCCCUCCACCAGGUCCGAGGGGAAGCAGGCGGGCCGCCGGGGCCGGAGCACGUCGCUGAAGGAGCGACAGCCGGCGCGCCCGCAGAACGAGCGGGCCAACAGCCUGGACAACGAGCGCUGCCCGGACACUCGGAGCCAGCUGCAGAUCCCCAGGAAGACUGUGUAUGACCAGUUAAACCACAUCCUCAUCUCCGAUGACCAGCUCCCCGAAAACAUCAUUCUUGUCAACACCUCGGACUGGCAGGGGCAGUUCCUCUCAGACGUCCUGCAGCGGCACACGCUCCCCGUGGUGUGCACUUGCUCUGCUGCCGACGUCCAGGCGGCCUUCAGCACCAUCGUCUCCCGGAUACAGAGAUACUGCAACUGCAAUUCCCAGCCACCGACCCCCGUGAAGAUCGCCGUGGCGGGCGCGCAGCAUUACCUCAGCGCCAUUCUGCGGCUCUUCGUGGAGCAGCUGUCCCACAAGACCCCCGACUGGCUGGGCUACAUGCGCUUCCUCGUCAUCCCGCUGGGCUCCCACCCGGUGGCCAGAUACCUGGGCUCCGUGGACUACAGGUACAACAACUUCUUCCAGGAUCUGACCUGGAGAGACCUGUUCAACAAGCUGGAGGCCCAGAGCGCUGUGCAGGACACGCCGGACAUCGUGUCGAGGAUCACGCAGUACAUCUCGGGGGCCAACUGCGCCCACCAGCUGCCCAUAGCCGAGGCCAUGCUGACCUACAAGCAGAAGAGGAGAAAGAACUUUCAUUUUGACUUUACCCUCAGCCCCGAUGAAGAGUCCUCUCAGAAGUUCAUUCCCUUCGUCGGGGUGGUGAAGGUUGGGAUAGUGGAGCCGUCCUCGGCCGCAUCAGGUGACUCAGAUGACGCGGCCCCCUCGGGUUCCAGCGCACUCUCGUCCACCCCGCCGUCCACAUCUCCCGCGGCCAAGGAGGCCUCACCCACCCCGCCCUCCUCCCCGUCGGUGAGCGGGGGCCUGUCCUCCCCCAGCCAGGGCGUCGGCGCUGAGCUGAUGGGGCUGCAGGUGGAUUACUGGACGGCAGCCCAGCCCGCAGACAGGAAGAGAGAUGCGGAGAGGAAGGACCCGCCCACCGCCAAAAACACACUCAAGUGCACCUUCCGGUCUCUCCAGGUCAGCAGGCUGCCCAGCAGCGGCGAGGCUGCGGCCACGCCCACCAUGUCCAUGACCGUGGUCACCAAGGAGAAGAACAAGAAGGUGAUGUUUUUGCCCAAGAAAACCAAGGACAAGGAUGUAGAGUCCAAAAGCCAGUGCAUUGAGGGUAUCAGCCGUCUGAUCUGCACCGCCAAGCACCAGCAGAACAUGCUGCGGGUCCUCAUCGACGGUGUGGAGUGGAACGACGUCAAGUUCUUCCAGCUGGCGGCCCAGUGGUCCUCCCACGUCAAGCACUUCCCCAUCUGCAUCUUCGGACACUCCAAGUCCACCUUUUAGCCCCGCCUGCCAAGGGGCUGCGCCGGCUCCCCGCCCUGCAGCCCUGCGAUGGCCGAGCGCCGGGAGGGCCCAGCUGCUUUUAUGUUAACAUUUCAGUUUACUGCAGAGACAGACCCUUAAAAACCCAGAGAAGAACAGUCUUAAGUGUGAACAUGUGCUCACUACCUGGACACUAACGGGCAGCCCCCCACCGGGAUCCCGUAACUGCUCUGCUUAUUAACCAGAACGUCCCGGCAGGGCUGGGAGGUCAGGCGGACAGUGUUGAACUUGAGAAUCGUGGAAGGUGUGUUGUGGCCUCAGGACUCCCCCCACCCAGCCCCCCAACAAGAAAGGUUCUUGC